AUGAUGCAGAGCGCGAUGAUGCAGAACCAGGCCAUGCAGAACCAGACGAUGCAGAGCGCGAUGAUGCAGAGCGCGAUGAUGCAGAACCAGGCCAUGCAGAACCAGACGAUGCAGAGCCAGAUGAUGCAGACAUCUGUAGACUAUAAUAAUGGAUACACGAUGCAGACAUCAGUAGACUAUAAUAAUGGAUACAGGACGCAGAUGCAGGAACAGCAGAAUAAUGACUACACCAUCCAGGAGGACGAGUGGGACAGAGACCUGCUCCUGGACCCCGCCUGGGAGAAACAGCAGAGAAAGACCUUUACAGCUUGGUGCAACUCUCACCUGAGAAAGGCCGGGACCGGGAUCGAAAACAUUGAGGAGGACUUCAGGAACGGACUGAAACUCAUGCUGCUGCUGGAAGUCAUUUCUGGUGAAAGACUUCCCAAACCAGACAGAGGGAAAAUGCGCUUCCACAAGAUUGCCAACGUCAACAAAGCUCUGGAGUACAUCACCAGCAAAGGAGUCAAGCUGGUCUCCAUUGGAGCUGAAGAGAUUGUGGAUGGAAACAUUAAGAUGACUCUGGGAAUGAUCUGGACCAUCAUCCUGCGAUUCGCCAUCCAAGACAUCUCAGUGGAAGAAACCUCUGCUAAGGAGGGUCUUCUUCUAUGGUGCCAGAGAAAGACUGCCCCCUACAGGAAUGUCAAUAUCCAGAACUUCCAUGUCAACUGGAAGGACGGCCUUGCGUUGUGUGCCCUGAUACACAGACACCGUCCUGACCUCAUCGACUAUGCCAAGCUCAACAAGGAUGACCCUCUGGGUAAUCUGAACCUGGCCUUUGAAGUGGCAGAGAAACACCUGGACAUCCCCAAGAUGUUGGAUGCUGAAGACAUCAUCAACACCCCCAAGCCCGAUGAGAGAGCUAUCAUGACCUAUGUCUCCUGCUUCUACCAUGCGUUUGCUGGAGCAGAACAGGCAGAGACAGCAGCUAAUCGUAUCUGUAAGAUUCUGGGGGUCAACCAGGAGAAUGAGAACCUCAUGGAGGAAUAUGAGACACUGGCCAGUCAGCUGUUGGAGUGGAUCCGUCGUAUGACCCCCUGGCUAGAGAACAAGUCCCCGGAGGCGACCAUGGCGGCCAUGCGCGGUAAACUGGAGGACUUCCGAGACUACCGUAGACAACACAAACCCCCCAAGGUGCAGGAGAAGUGUCAGCUGGAGAUCAACUUCAACACCCUGCAGACCAGGCUGAGGAUCUCUAACCGGCCCGCCUUCAUGCCCUCUGAGGGACGCAUGGUGUCAGACAUCACCAGCGCGUGGACGGGCCUGGAGCAGGCAGAGAAGGGCUAUGAGGAGUGGCUGCUGAGUGAGAUCAGGAGGCUGGAGCGUCUCAACCACCUGGCUGAGAAGUUCCAGAUGAAGGCUACUACCCACCAGGACUGGUCUGUAGGUAAAGACAGUGUGCUGUCUCAGAAGGACUACGAGUCCUGCUCUCUGACGGAGGUGAGAGCUCUGCUCAGGAAACACGAGGCCUUUGAGAGCGACCUGGCCGCUCACCAGGACAGAGUGGAACAGAUCGCUGCCAUCGCACAGGAACUAAAUGAGCUGGACUACCAUGCUGCCUCGUCCAUCAACGAGCGCUGCCAGGGCAUCUGUGACCAAUGGGACCAGCUGGGGACCCUCACCCAGAAGAGGAGGGAGAACCUGGAGAGGACGGAGAAGCUGCUGGAGACCAUCGACCAGCUGUUCCUGGAGUUCUCCAAGAGGUCAGCUCCCUUUAACAACUGGAUGGAAGGAGCCAUGGAAGACCUGCAGGACAUGUUCAUAGUUCACACUGUGGAUGACAUCCAGAGCCUGAUCUCAGCCCAUGACCAGUUCAAGGCCACCCUUCCGGAGGCUGACUGUGAGAGACAGGCCAUUCUGAGCAUCUACACGGAGGUGCAGAAGAUCGCCCAGAGCUACGGCAUCUCUCCCAACCUCACCAACCCCUACAGUGACAUCACACCAGCAGAGAUAGGACUCAAAUGGGACAAGGUGAAGAAGCUGGUUCCCCAGAGAAACAGUAUUCUCCAGGAGGAAGCAGCCAGACAACACGCCAACGAACAUCUCAGACGUCAGUUUGCUGCCCAGGCCAACAUCAUCGGACCGUGGAUCCAGACCAGGAUGGAGGAGAUCGGUCGUAGUUCCGUCGACAUCGCAGGUUCUCUGGAGGACCAGAUGAGUCAACUGAAACAGUUUGAACAGGUCAUCAUCAACUACAAGCCCAACAUCGACAAGCUAGAGGGAGACCAUCAACACAUCCAGGAGUUCCUGGUCUUCGACAACAAACACACCAACUACACCAUGGAGCAUAUCCGUGUGGGUUGGGAGCAGCUGUUGACCACCAUCGCUAGAACCAUCAAUGAGAUCGAGACCCAGAUUCUGACGCGUGACGCUAAGGGCAUCAGCCAGCAACAGAUGAACGAGUUCCGCCAGUCUUUCACUCACUUUGACAGGAAGAAGAAAGGAGGCAUGGAGACAGAUGACUUCAGAGCCUGUCUGAUCUCCAUGGGCUAUGAUCUGGGAGAGUCUGAGUUUGCCCGCAUCAUGUCUCUAGUGGAUCCCAACGGGUCCAACAAGGUGACCUUCCAGUCCUUUGUUGACUUCAUGACUAGAGAGACGUCCGACUCAGACACCUCAGAGCAGGUCCUCGCCUCCUUCAAGAUCCUGGCUGCUGAUAAGCCCUUCAUCCUGCUGGAGGAGCUGCGUAGAGAGCUGCCCCCAGAGCAGGCAGAGUACUGCAUCGCCAGGAUGCCCCUCUACAAUGGGCCUGAUGGGGUCCCAGGGGCUCUGGACUACACUGUCUUCUCCACUGCCCUCUACGGAGAGAGCGACCUCUAGCUUCACACUCCAGAAAUGCACCCUGACCUCGUAUCAGUCUCGCCCCAUUUUUGUUCCACACAUUUACAUCUAAAUUGAUUUUGACCGGUACUAAAGGGUAGUUAUGUUUGAGAAAUACAAAAAGCAUUUUAAAGCCGUUUCAUGAGUGUAUGAUUUCUGAAGAGUAGGGAGAAAUAUUUAUUUCAAGGGACUGAGCAGGAUUCAUUCACUAGAUUUAAAAAAAAUGAUGACUCAGUAAAUGUGAAAUUACAUGUGAUUCACAUAAAAGUAACUUACACAUAAAAAGUAACUUACACAUAUAAAGAACCUACACAUAAAAGUAAUUUACACAUCAAAUGUAACUUACACAUAAAAAGUAACUUACACAUAAGAAAAACUUACACAAAAAGUUACACAUAAAAAGUAACUUGCACAUAAAAGUAACUUACACAUGAAAAGUAACUUACACAUAAGAAGCGCUACUAAGUUAUUUGCUAGAGAGGUUGGAGACCUAAAGAUACGAAGUGAUGAGAAGCUUGUAUUGUAUCAGUGUUUGCACUCUUCUAUAUUAUUACAUAAAAAACAGGGGAAGCUUUUGCCUCAUCUGUUCAGUGCCUAAAAUGAAUGAAAAAGGAGUAAUGUAUCAAUAUGCUAGUAUGCUAGUCUGGUCCCAGAUCUGAUCUCUCUAGCCUGGUCCCAGAUUUGAUCUCACCUAGCCUGGUUCCAGAUCUGAUCUCACAGCCUGGUCACAGAUCUGAUCUCACUAGCCUGGUCCUAGAUCUGAUCUCAGUAGUCUGGUCCCAGAUCUGAUCUCUCUAGCCUGGUCCCAGAUCUGAUCUCACUAGCCUGGUCCCAGAUCUGAUCUCGCCAGCAUGGUCCCAGAUCUGAUCUCACUAGCCUGGCCCCAGAUCUGUUCUCACUAGCCUGGUCCCAGAUCUGAUCUCACUAGCCUUCCAGAUCUGUUCUCACUAGCCUGGUCCCAGAUCUGAUCUCUCUAGCCUGGUCCAAGAUCUGAUCUCACUAGCCUGGUCCCAGAUCUGUUCUCACUAGCCUGGUCCCAGAUCUGAUCUCUCUAGCCUGGUCCAAGAUCUGAUCUCACUAGCCUGGUCCCAGAUCUGAUCUCGCCAGCCUGGUCCCAGAUCUGAUCUCGCCAGCCUGACCCCAAGAUCUGAUCUCACUAGCCUGGUCCAAGAUCUGAUCUCACUAGCCUGGUCCCAGAUCUGAUCUCACUAGCCUGGUCCCAGAUCUGAUCAAGCCAGCCUGGCCCCCAGAUCUGUUUGUGCUCUAAUCCACCCAGGCUACAUUAUAAUCCACCAAGGCUACAUUAUAUUCCACUCAGGCUACAUUAUAAUCCACCCAGGCUACAUUAUAAUCCACCCAGGCUACAUUAUAAUUCACCCAGGCUACAUUAUAAUCCACCCAGGCUACAUUAUAAUCCAUCCAGGCUACAUUAUAAUUCACCCAGGCUACAUUAUAAUCCACCCAGGCUACAUUAUAAUCCAUCCAGGCUACAUUAUAAUCCAUCCAGGCUACAUUAUAAUCCAUCCAGGCUACAUUAUAAUCCAUCCAGGUUACAUUAUAAUCCAUCCAGGUUACAUUAUAAUCCACCCAGGCUACAUUUACAUUUAAGUCAUUUAGCAGACGCUCUUCUCCAGAGCGACUUACAAAUUGGAAAGUUCAUACAUAUUCAUCCUGGUCCCCCCGUGGGGAAUGAACCCACAACCCUGGCGUUGCAAGCGCCAUGCUCUACCAACUGAGCCACACGGGACCCACCCAGGCUACAUUAUAAUCCACCCAGGCUACAUUAUAAUCCACCCAGGCUACAUUAUAAUCCACCCAGGCUACAUUAUAAUCCACCCAGGCUACAUUAUAAUCCACCCAGGCUACCAGUAUGUCAGAACUGCAGUGCUGUUUAUUGUCAAAACGAGUGAAAACUUGUGUUUCAUGAUUGGAGUCAAGUGAAGUUUCCCCUAAAGGCUCAUGUUGAGUCAGUCUAGCAUUUCUCCCAUUAAUGUUUAGGGUUAAGCUUGGGGGAGGAGAAGCUGAUCCUAGGUCUGUACCGAGGGGAAACUUUCACCCCCAGAGACUCAUGAUUGGACAGUAACUAGGCUGUGUUUGAUGCCAGAAACAAAAUAAUGUAACUGUAAAAUAACAAACUGUUUGUCUGGGUAAAACUACAAUCGUAGUCUCCUCAAAAACGCUGGUGUGGAAUCUGAAGGUAUGAAGAGUUACUAGUGUAAGGCAAACGAG